UGAGGGUUAUUGGGGGCCUAUUUGCUGAUUAGCCAAGGGUAGGAUUUCUUUAUGCCCAGACAGCCCCAUUCAAUUUGAGAUGUUUCCGAGAACCUAGCAAAAGCCUCUUCUGCCAACCUACAGGGGCGGGGCCCGAGUUGCCUUGAAGAUCAUUAAGAAUGUGGAAAAGUAUAAGGAAGCUGCUCGACUUGAAAUCAACGUUCUGGAGAAAAUCAAUGAGAAGGAUCCUGACAACAAGAACCUCUGUGUCCAGAUGUUUGACUGGUUUGACUACCAUGGCCACAUGUGUAUCUCCUUUGAGCUUCUGGGCCUUAGCACCUUCGAUUUCCUCAAAGACAACAACUACCUGCCCUACCCCAUCCACCAAGUGCGCCACAUGGCCUUCCAGCUGUGCCAGGCCGUCAAGUUCCUCCAUGAUAACAAGCUGACACAUACGGACCUCAAGCCUGAAAAUAUUUUGUUUGUGAAUUCAGACUACGAGCUCACCUAUAACCUAGAGAAGAAGCGAGAUGAGCGUAGCGUGAAGAGCACAGCUGUGCGGGUGGUAGACUUUGGUAGUGCCACCUUUGACCAUGAACACCAUAGUACCAUUGUCUCCACUCGCCAUUACCGAGCACCAGAGGUCAUCCUCGAGUUGGGCUGGUCACAGCCUUGUGAUGUGUGGAGCAUAGGCUGCAUCAUCUUUGAGUACUAUGUUGGCUUCACCCUUUUCCAAACCCAUGACAACAGAGAGCAUCUAGCCAUGAUGGAAAGGAUCUUGGGUCCUAUCCCUUCCCGGAUGACCCGAAAAACAAGGAAGCAGAAAUAUUUUUAUCGGGGUCGCCUGGAUUGGGAUGAGAACACAUCAGCUGGGCGCUACGUUCGAGAAAACUGCAAACCACUGCGGCGGUAUCUGACCUCAGAGGCAGAGGAACACCACCAGCUCUUCGAUUUGAUUGAAAGCAUGCUAGAGUAUGAACCUGAUAAGCGUCUGACCUUGGGUGAAGCCCUUCAGCAUCCAUUCUUCACCCGCCUUCGGGCUGAACCACCCAAUGCCAAGUUGUGGGACUCCAGUCGGGAUAUCAGUCGGUGACGAUCAGACCCUGGGCCCCCCUGCAUCUGUAGCAGCAGUGGGUGUCCAGUUCAGGACACUGGUGCUUUUUUAUACAAGAAAACAACUGGAGCCCACUCCUUCCUGGCUCCCUAUAUACCUGUGAAUAUGUGAAAUAGUGUAAAUAUGAAAAAGCUUGUACCCUGCCUUGUACAUAAUGCUCCUCCAUUCUACACUCUUCUCACCCUCACUUGCCCCUUGCCAGUUGAGUUGGAUGGGGGCAAAAUGAAGUAACCAGGUGGCAUCCAUCCCACGUUUUAUAAGGAAUUUUGUAUAGUCUUUGUGAAAUAAAAUGACGUGCUUCAUCUGAC